UAUCCACAUAGUUGUGUAGCGUACAUAAAUAUACAUACAUACAUUUGUUUAUAUUUUGUUUGCUUGGUUUUAGUGUGUACCAAACAAAUCGGGUUGGAAAUCCAAGGGGUGGAUAUGAGCAUAAGCAGUACCUACUCCGUAGAAUCAUUAUGCCGCGUUUGCCUAACUUACUUAGAGUGCACAACCGGCUACGAUUUGUUUGUAAUGCCAGAUCUUGCAAAGAAAUUCACUGCCUGCACUUCGUUACUGGUGGAUGCCCAGGACGGUUAUCCCAAGAAACUGUGCUCCAGCUGCUAUCAAUUGUUAAACCAACUAGAUGAUUUUCAGAAGCUCUGUGCGGAUUCGUUACAACGCUUCAAGCAAAUGGAACUGUUUGAGCCCUGCAGCAAUGAGACUGACGAUCUGGAACAGACAGAAAAUAUAUACGAUCCGCUUUUAAAUCACAAACAAGAACUGAUUGCUGACGAGGAGCAGGUAUUUAAGCUGCUCGAAACGGUGGACAAAGAGGCCGAUUGUUACUCCUCCGCUGCCAGUGAUGAUGAUGUACCCUUGUCACAGCGUCGAUUGGAAAUGGAACACAGCAGCAAGUCCAACCGGCAGCUCCAGCGGAUCAUCGCAUGUCAUAUUUGUCCACAAAAGUUUAAAAAGCAAGUUAACUACGAGGAGCACAUGAAGCAUCACAACGAACUCUUGCCAUACCAAUGCCACAACGAGACCUGCAAAAAGGGUUUUACCACAGCGGCUGCACUGCGUCUGCAUGUUGAUUAUGCACACACCAAAACCGCCGAAGAUAUACCCUGCAGUGUGGCAGGCUGUAAUCUCUUAUUUCCACGCUUGCGUUUGCUCACAAUUCAUCUUAAAAAGGUGCAUAACGUGAGUAGAGAAAGCGCACCUAGGGCGGACCAAGCGUGCAGUGAGUGCGGAGUGCGCUUUCGCUGUCCUGUGGCCUUAAAGAAACACAUGUACAAGCAUACGGGUGAGCAGCUUCCAUAUCCCUGUAACAUCUGCGGCAAGGGCUUCCAUAUAAACAGUGCGCUGAAGAAUCAUUUGCUGCGUCAUGCUGGUAUCAAGAACUAUGUGUGUCCCUAUUGUGGUGUAGGCAAGACCACACGUCAAGAGUGGAACAAGCAUAUGCUCACACAUACGCAGGAGAAGAUGUUCAAAUGCCAAAGCUGUGAGCAUGCCACACACACAAAGCGCGCAUUGGACAAUCAUGUAAAAAUAGUGCACGAAAAGAUUAAGAACUAUGCUUGUCAGUAUUGUGGCAAGACCUUUGGCAAGUCCCACGCCUGCAAGAUACAUGAGAUGACCCACACGGGUGAGAAGCGCUGCGAAUGCAAAGUCUGCGGUAAACAGUUUCUUUACACCGAUAGUCUUACCAAGCAUCUCAAAAUACACGAGAAAAAUGUGGAGGAACAGCACAGUGAUGUAGCGGAGCAGCUGCAGCAAGCGUGUGCUGCAUCGGUAGCUACGAUACCACGUGAUCCUCGCCGAGUAGAACGUGUAAAUAUGGCACAACUGGCCGGCACUGUCAUUAAUCCCAUUCCGACUGUCGAUGUGGCUCCAACAGCAAAGUUGAUGCAACAGGAGGGAGUGCAUAUGUGUCCCGGCUGCAAUCAAGGAUUCAAUAAUCUGGGUAACAUGAAACGCCACUACAAGAGUGUUCACGAGAAGGUUAGGGAUUUUGAGUGUCGCUACUGUGCACGACGCUUUGCCAAUUCCCAGUCGCUCAAGCAGCACGAGUGGAUACAUACGGGAGAGAAGCCAUAUACUUGCAAGAUCUGCGACACUCACUUUCGCCAAGAGGCAGCUCUAAUACGACACAAGAAGGUGCAUACGGCAAAGCCAGCAAAGGUGGAGAGAAAGGGCCCAAGGCAUAUAACUGAGAAAAAACGCCAAAAGGAUCUGCAAAAAUGUGAGAAAAAACGCAAAGUUGAAGCUCUACGCCAGCAAAUUGCCGAAGUGGCCAAAGAGGAGCUGCAGCAGCUGGCUAAACAACGUGAGCUGGAGAAGCAACAACACAGCUAUGAGCAGUACAAAACUGCCGCGUCAUCAGUUAGUUAAUAUUUAGCUAUUAAUUGUUAACUAGUAAUAAAACUA